CGUCUUCCAAUAUGGCUUUCUCUCCAUUAGCUGGCAAUGGGGCCGAGUGCGGCCCAUCGAAUCCUAUGGCAGGACUCAUGAAGCAAUUUCAUCAGGAUCGCUCGCUACAACAGGACCGCUUUGUACAAGAUAGAGCUGGCGAAAGCUCACGUUCGGCGUUUCGCUCGAGAAAUCAAACGAGACCCAUGGGUGGCUCUCAGUUAACAGAGGAGUUCUUUCGGGACGAAGCAUUGGAAAAGGGCCCACAUAAUCGAUUUGAAUUCAGUGAGCUUGGCAAGGAACUGGAGAACAUUCAUCCUGGUAUGACGGAGGCUCCUGAAUGGGCAACUGACUUCAUGCGAGAACAACCCGUUAUCAUGAACGACCGACAUCAAAUGGAAGAAUUCGAUAAUGCAUUUCAACAACAUUUUUCUCAUUUCCAGCAAUCACAUAACCAUACACUGGCACCCAAAGAAUUAGAGGCAUUUGAACGAGCAUUUGAUGAGGCACAUCAUGGUGCGGCAGUUGAUUGGGAAACCGAGUUUGCGAAUCAAGAAGACUCUUGGGCCGCCGAGUUUUCCAAGCAAGAGACCGAGAAUAUCGUAGCUGGAAGUGAAAAAGAAGCUCUCGCUAAGACAGCUGGCAUGCUGUUAGAAUCCAUUGAUAUGGAGUCCAACCCAAAAUUCAAAAGCUCCAAUUUCCUGCAGUUUAUGCGACAACUUAGGGAUAGUGAAGUAUCCAUUGAAGGAAGCAAAGUGGUUCCUGCUAAUGGAGAAUCUUCAUGGGCAUCCGAGUUUGCUGGCGGCGAAACAUCCGGUAAUUGGGCCAGUGAGUUCAACCAAGGAACGUCGCAAGGUGCGAAGGAUGGUAACAUGUGGUCUGAGGAAUUUGCCAAAGGAGCUGAACGUGGAUGGGUCGAAGAUUUCACUUCGACUUCGGGACCUGUAAACACUGUCGCUGACCCUAUCAAUGUCCCUGAUGACUGGGCAACCGAGUUCACCAACGACCCUGUCAAUGCUGCACAAAUGGAGGAAGCCUUUGCCAAAGGUACUGAAUUUCAAGACUGGGUUCAACAAUACCAUGCCAACAUCGCUCAUCUCAAAACGGCACAAGAUGCUGAAUGGGAAGGCAUGCAAAAAGAUUGGGAAAAGUACAAGCCUGAUCAAGGUCUAGGAUACAGAGCCAGUAAUCCCGAGUUUGAUGAAUAUGGUUUCCACCCCACCAACCCAUAUCUAUCAAGAGCCAUGCCUAUCGAUGUAAAUCACGCACACAACUUGAGCGAUUCUAUUCUGGCGCUGGAAGCCAAAUUACAGCUUAACCCAUCUGAUGCCUCUUCAUGGCAGCAACUUGGUUUCCGACAACAGGAAAAUGAACGAGAUGGUGCAGCCAUUGCCGCCCUGCGCAAAGCCGUGUCCAUGGACCCCACUUUGCUUGAUGCCUGGCUGGCUCUGGCUGUCAGCUACACCAACGAAAAUUGCCGAGCAGAUGCAUAUGAUUGCUUAGAGGCAUGGUUGCAGAACAAUGAAAAAUACAAGCACAUUUCCAGAUCACAUGGACUCAAGGGCAAGAUGGUGGGUGCUGACCGACACGCGUUUGUUACCGAUUUGUUCCUGGAAGCCGCACGAUCGUCUCCUGGUGAAGAAAUGGAUGCUGAUGUGCAAGUCGGUCUUGGAGUUCUGUUCAAUGUGUCUGAGGAAUAUCAAAAGGCUGUAGACUGCUUCAAGGCUGCUCUUGCCAGCCGACCACAGGAUUAUCUUUUGUGGAAUAAGCUUGGUGCAACUCUUGCUAAUUCCCAUGAAACCUCGGCUGCCAUUGACGCAUACUUCAAUGCUCUCGAAAUUAACCCUUCCUACAUUCGUGCGCGAUACAAUCUGGCCAUCAGUUGCAUCAAUUUGGGGCAACACAAGGAGGCUGCUGAACAUCUAUUAACAGCUUUGGCUUUGCAACAAUCCAGUGAAUCCACAGCCACCGACACUCCUUUGAUCGAUGAGAACGGUAAUCAAUAUACGGUUCCUGGUGGAAUGUCAGAUAACGUUUGGGACAGCCUUCGAAUGGUCAUGUUUAUGAUGAAUCGACAAGAUCUGGCUGCUCAUUGCGACGGUAGAAACUUGGAAGCCUUUCGAGGAAUUUAUGACUUUUGAGCAUCGCCAAAGGAAACAAAAUGAGACUGUACAAUGCUUGAAUCAUCCUUGGGUGACGACUGCCAAUUAUGAUGGAAGACGUUCAUUUCGCUUCCGUUGCGACCAGCAAACGUAAACCUCCCAACAUGUACUUAUAC